UGGGCGGGCGGAGCCGAUCGCCGGGCCCUGGUCACCGCUGGCGGAGUCCCCCGUGCCGCGGGGCCCGGAGCAUCCUAGGCAUCCGCGGCCACGCCGGCCUCACCUCGCGAGCAGCGCCUCGGCCGGGGGGCCGUCUGGGAAUUCUGGGCACCGUCACGCUAGGCCUGGGACCCAGGCCUAACUUUCCCAAGCCUCAGCUUCCGCUUUCGGAAUUGGUCUUACUAAGAGUGCCUUAAGGGGUUGUUGGGACGGUCUCUGGUGGCAAGGAGAAGACAGGGCUCCGGGCGUGGCACGUGAGAAGCCCAGUCGGGGCGUGGUGGUUUCUUGGGGCUCUUGUGGACGUUUCCAGCCCAGAGUGCCCAGGAUGGCCUUCACCCCCCACCCCCCGCCCCCGGAACACCCCUCUGCAGUCAGGCUUAGAGGAUGGGGUUGGGUGAUAACAUGCGACCAGAGCAAAGACCGGACUUUGAACAACAGAGGGAGGAGCUUUUGUACCUAAGACACCUCUUACUUGGAGCCCAGGGACUUUUAUUUGGCCUAGACAGGGCGUUUAGAAGUUAUCAACAUUUAAAAAUUUCAGAGUUGCCUUCUGGCUCAGUGGGUUAAGCAUCCUGCUAUGGCUCGGGGUCAUUGCUGUGGUGGGGGUUCAUCCUGGCUCAGGAACUUCAGCAUGCUGUAGGUUGAGCAAAAAAAAAAAAAAAAAAAAAAAAAAAGAAGAAGAAGAAGAAAAGAAAGAAAGAAAAGGGAAAAAAUGAUUUUAUGUUAUUUAAAAAUGUUUACAAUUCUUCCCAGAAAAUGAGAAGACCUGGCCACAUGGAGUAUUUUUCCAUCAUAGAAUUUUGCACAAGAUACAAGUACCUCAUUUAUCUGUUUAUUUUUUUUCUCUGGUAAAAUGCUCCUUCCUAGGCCAGAGUGUGUGCUCACCCUCAUUUUUUAUAGGAUGAAAGCUUUGAGAACUGUGUGUAAAAUUAAUCAAGGGAAACUUUACUAAAAUAGAGGCAAAGAAGCAAGACAGAGGAGCACUUAACAGUCAAUACAAUCUCUGUAGCAAGAGACCUUCUUGGCUUCUCUGGCAGGAAGUGACACUACUACUGCCAGCAGGAAGGUAAAAAAAGACUUUCUCCUUCCCUGGCAACAGCUCAGCCAAUGAAAAGCCACUAUACUUCCAAAUCCCUAUGUCUUCCAAUGGACUUUUUUUUUUUUUUUUUGGUCUUUUUAGGGCCCCACCCACAGCAUAUGGAGGUUCCCAGUCUAGGGGUCCGAUCAGAGCUACAGCUGCCGGCCUACACCACAGCCACAGCCACACCAGGUCCAAGCCACAUCUGCGACCUACACCACAGCUCACGGCAAAGCCAGAUCGUUAACCCAUUGAGCAAAGCCAGGGAUCAAACCUGCAACCUCAUGGUUUCUAGGGUUUGUUUCUGCUGUGCCAUGACAGGAACUCCGACUUUCUGUUUAUAAUGGCCUCCCUAUCUUGCACUUCUCUAUAAAAGAGUUCCCUCUCCGUAACAGGACUUGUUAGCAUUACACGAAGGUUUCAACCUGGAUCCAGAGAAGACUCCCCAACAACUCCAAGGCUGGUGAGCAAACAGGUGCUGGUACCUACAGAGAAAGCCCGGAGCUCACUCAUUGCUUUCUUGCCAACUUUGGAGUUUGAGGGCUUGUGUGUGCCCCCUGCCCUGCACAGCCAUGGCCCUGGUCAGCAUCAACCAGCUGCCCGAGAGCAUCCUGCUGGAGGUGUUCACGCACCUGCCCGCCCGCCAGCUGCUGCUGAACUGCCGCCCCGUCUGCAGCCUCUGGCGUGACCUCAUUGACCUCGUGACCCUCUGGAAGCGCAAAUGCCUAUGUGAGGGCUUCGUCGCUGAGGACUGGGACCAGCCCGUGGCCGACUGGAAGGUCUUCUACUUUCUGUGCAGCCUCCGCAGGAACCUCCUGCGCAACCCGUGUGCUGAAGAUGAUAUGACGUCCUGGAAAAUUGACUCCAAUGGGGGGAACCACUGGAAGGUAGAGAGCCUUCCUGGAGCCCACGGCACAGAUUUUCCCGACUCCAAAGUCAAGAAGUACUUUGUCACAUCUUACGGCAUGUGCCUCAAGUCCCAGCUGAUAGACCUUAAAGCUGAGGGCUACUGGGAAGAACUGCUGGACAAGUUCCGGCCAGACAUCGUGGUCAAGGACUGGUUCGCCGCCAGAGCAGACUGUGGCUGCACCUACCACAUCCGAGUACAGCUGGCCUCCGCUGACUACAUCGUCCUGGCCUCCUUCGAGCCCCCGCCUGUGACCAUCCCUCAGUGGAACGAUGCCAGGUGGACAGAGGUCUCCCACACCUUCUCAGAUUACCCUCCAGGUGUCCGCCACAUCCUCUUCCAGCACGGGGGCAAGGACACCCAGUACUGGGCAGGCUGGUACGGGCCCCGGGUCACCAACAGCAGCAUCAUCGUCAGCCACAGGAUGAGCAGGAGUCCAGCCCCCUCGGUCGUACAGCCUUAGCCCAUGCAGGGGCCAAGGGAGGCCACCCCCCCUCCCUUCCCCACUCCUUCCCCAGAGGCCCUCCUGACAGUCAGCCAUGCAUCUGUCCUCUGUCCAGGCCAGCCGAGCACCAAGGGUCACCUCCAGGCAAGGGCUGAGCCAGCAGCAGGCAAUAAGGUCCCUGCCCCGGCCCCAGCCUAGGCCAGACCCACCAGUCUGUGAACUUACUGUCACGCAGCUCUGAUAUCUUGUUGUAAUAAAUGUUUUCAAUAAAAGUAGCCUGGGGUUGGGUCUAGGGGUGAGGGCACAAGGUCCUUAGCACUUUGGCAGAGAAGCAGCCCCCCCUCAACCCCGGGUAGUGACAGCUCGGCUCAGCCUGGGGGCUCUUUAUUGAAACGACUCACAGCAUAGCAUUUGAGACAGACAGCACUGGCAGCCGGGUCCCAGAAGGCUGAGAAACUGAGGUCUCAGCCCCCUUCACUGCCCUCCUCGGAGAGUCCCUCCAUGCAGGCAGCCAGGCCUGAGCAGCCCCAACCUGGAGGGUGGGGUGGUCCACACACAGAGGCGAUAAGAGCACUUGGAGUCAGGGUGGCCCUGCAGCACUGCCCUAGGCUGGGCCCCCCGAAGUCCGACAGCUGCGGCAUCCACGGGGUGGGGGGUGGGGCAGGCACACCCUCAGCUGCUUUUAUGAGCUCGCUCUUCCACGUACAGCUGCAUCUGAUGGACAGGAACGAACAACCAAGGUCAGGUGGACGGCCCGGGCACCUCCAUUGGAGAAUCAAUCCCCGGGGUCUCUGCCAAGGGUGGGACUGUGUGGCCCCAGCCAGGGGUUAAGGAAAGAGGGAAUUGGGAGCCUUACACGGGCCUGCCCCCAAGCCUGGAUCCACAAGCCCUCGGGCCAGGCCUCAGCAUACCCUAAAUAAAGCGAACUCGGGCCCCAAGCAUCUCACCUUUAA